AAAAAAAAACCAUUUCUUUUAUUAUGUCAGAACGGGUACCAACGCUUGCAAAACGAUCAACGUACAAGAAACAUUGUAGGAAACAGCUCACCGAGCAGGAAUAUCGUAAUAUUAUGGACAAUGGACCCCAACGACUGCGAGAAAACCCUGUGGGCCUCUUGAAAAACAUUGCGAUGCAUUACUCUGGAACAGGCUGGCGUGGGUACGAAAGCUUUAUUGGCACCAGGCUCUUUUAUCCGGGAUACGCUCAGGAAAUGCAAGAUGAUAUUCUUAACAGCCAAUCCGUCCGAGAUUUGAUCGAGGAAAUGGCAGAACAGCAAACGCAGCAGCUUGAGGCAGAGCAACUAUCCAAGGGCAAAAGGAAGAAAUAUGAUCGAGAGAAGCAAAAAGAGGCUCGUCGGAAAGAGCUCGAAACCAUGGCCCGUGCAAUGGCUGUAAAAUGUGUGACAACUAUGGAAGACAAGAAAAAAGUCAGAUUCUUCGUUGCAGUGGUAGAUAUCGCUUUGUCCAGAAUAUAUGACCAGGGUGUGUACAUCAAAGAAAGUCAGUGGGAAGAGCUACGAAAGAUUGCCACGAUGGCUCAAAAGAACAAGCAAGCGCUUUUGCUUUUGCCAUCCCACAAGUCUCAUGUUGACUACCUCGUGAUCAAUUAUGUCAUGUUCAGACUAGGUUUCCAAAUCCCACAUAUCAUCGCUGGUGAUAACUUGGAUAUUCCUGUACUUAGUACGCUGCUCAAGGCAAGCGGCGGUCUCUAUAUUCGUCGCGAAUGGGGUGGUGAUACUCUGUACAAGACAGUUCUUGAAGAGUAUAUCAGUCUAAUUUUCGAAAAAGGGCUCAAUUUCCAAUGUUUUGUGGAAGGGACUCGAUCACGUUUAGGCAAAGUGUUGGCGCCAAAGUUAGGUAUUGUGAAAAUGGUGCUGGAAUCCUUUGCAAAAGGUCGAUUUUCAGAUUGUUGGGUCGUGCCAAUGACGGCUUCUUAUGACAAGAUUAUGGAAACGCAAAGCUAUGCCGACGAACUUUUAGGCAAUCCAAAGCAAAAAGAAAGCCUCUUAGGUGUCCUUGGAAGCGCAUCUGUGCUUAUGGAGAAGAUGGGCCGUGUGGAUGUGCGUAUCGGCAAGGCUUAUUCUUUAAAGGGAUGGAUAGAAGAACAGACCAAGCUGCGUGGUCCGCUCGAUCUGCUCCACAAUGACGAACAAAAAAGCGUUGUCCUGAAAUCGUUUGGAUAUCGAGUGUUAUCUGAUAUCAAUGCCAUUACGCCUGUGAUGCCAUCGGCAUUAGUCGGAACCGUAAUUCUGACGCUGCGUGGCCGGGGCGCGGGUCGAAGCGAAUUAAUCCGAAGGGUGGAUUGGUUGACUCAAAUGAUCAGUGCUAAGAAUGGUGAAGUGGUGGCUAUCCCUGGAAUGUCUACUGACGAUCUUGUGGAUAGAGCCAUCGCUAUCCACGAUCAACUUAUCGGUCAACGUCGCGAAAAGGAUCUGCUAGAACCAACAUUUUAUGGCAUCGAUCGUUUCGAGCUGUCUUAUUAUCGAAAUCAGGUCAUCCACUUGUUUGUCGAAGAAGCCAUCAUCUGUGCAUCCUUGUAUACCAUUAUCAAGAAAGGCGGAGGUAUAUCGGAUCAACGCAUGCAAUUUACUGAGUUGCUGGAUGAGAUUACGUUCUUGUCGAGUUUGCUCAAGAUAGACAUGAUUUACAAGCCCGGCACGGUUGAAGAUAAUACGCGUCGUACACUACAAUGGCUGGUGGAGAAUGAUGUGCUGUACUUUGAUCAAGAAGGUUGGAUUGGAUUGUCCGAAACUGAACGAAGCAUCGGACGUGAAAACUACGAUUUCUUAUGUUUCUUGAUUUGGCCAUUCAUCGAAUCCUACUGGCUUGCAUGCGUGAGCUUGUUUACCCUGACGCCACCUGUACGAGCCCAGCAAGAUAAGCCAGUGUUUGUUGAUAAUAGCGCAUUCAUGAAGCGUACCCAGGCGCUAGGUAAAACACUUUACUACCAAGGAGAUCUUAGUUAUUUGGAAGCUGUCAAUAAGGAAACAGUUGCUCAUGCAUUUAAUCGAUACGAGCAACAAGGCAUUCUGCUGCGCACACAUUACAAACAGCCCAGGAUUUGGUCCGAGGUGGCACUCGAUGCAAAAUACAUACCCGAACGCUAUAAUAGCGUCUUGAUAACAGAAGGUCGUUUAUGGGGUUUGGCUGAUCAUAUCGGCAAGUUUAGACGUGAAGGCAAAAACCGAAGAGAUAAUGCAGCAGUGAGCUCGCGUGUCUUGAAAAUGGCACAGGAUUUAGCAGAACAGAAUAGCCAGUUGUCAGCAAACCAAAAGACUUUUUUGAAAAUCGCCAGUAAAUUGUAAAUUAUCAUCGUUAAAGUAUUACCCUAUAGGAAGUACAAUUUCAAUCGAGCAACCAAUAUUACCACAUCAUCUUGACGAACAUAGCAUUUACAUAAUAUCAUAAUAAACGAUCCUGAACAUGUUCUAUAAACUAGCAAAAUAUCACUGUCCAUAACAUGGUGACAAGCUAGAAGUACGAAGAGUUAGUUUUACACAAAAUAUAUCCUACAUGAGCUAUCUUGAUCCCAAUCUGGAAUCAAGCAGAUAAACAGCCCUUGUAAAUUGAUCAUGC